ACCCGCUUUUUUCUCUCUCUCUCUCUUUCUCUACGACACUUCACUCGAGAGAAGUUCGCCGGCGAUGCAGAACGACGGAGAUGCGGCGGCGGCGGCGGCGUCGCAGCAGCCGGAGCCCGGCAGAGGCGCCGGCGGGAAGGUGAGGAGGCCUCCGAACCGCAAUCCGCGGGCCACGCCCUACGCCCGCCCUAAUUCAAACCGACCCCAGGCCGGCGGCGGCGGCGGCGGCGGCUGGCUGUCGAAGCUGGUGGAUCCGGCGUACCGCCUGAUCUCCGGCGGCGCCACCCGCAUGCUGCCCUCGCUCUUCUCGAGGCCGCCUUCCCCUGUUUCGCUGCCUCCUCUCUCUGACGAUGACGAGGACGAGGACGAGGACGACGGUCUGUUGAUCUCUCUCGAUAAGUCGAAGAGAGAGAUCGAUCAAGAUGUUAGAGGGAGUAACCACGAAGGCAAUUCAGAUAUGCAGCUGGGGUUAUCAAGAUCAGCAGAAGUAGGAAAUGCUGUUGCAUCUGAUGUACCAAAAAGAACUGUUUUUGAUGGGUACAAAGAAUUCAAAACAACACACAACAAAGUAACAGACCUCCCAAAAGAUAGUGCCCUUUCUGAAAUUGAGCAACUGAUCAGAGGAAAAAUGUUCUCCAGGGAUGAAAUUAGUCGUCUGACCGAGAUUUUAAAAUCGAAGACUGUUGAUCUACCAAAGAUGAAGGAAAGGGAGAACAACUCUGAAAUGAAUGCCAUGGGUGAAGUUGAGGUCCAUGCAACUGUGCCUCACAUUCCAAGCAAAACAAAUGGGGGGGAGCAGGGAGUUUUGAACAGAGCUCUAUGGGAAGUUUCAACGCCCCUUCAUCAUUCAAAUUUACGUGACGAAAUCGGUGCUUCACCUGUUGACAUUGCUAGAGCAUACAUGGGAAGUCGAACAUCAGAAGUUGGCUCUAUUCUUAAAAGUAACCUGCCAGAAGAUCCGAAAGCAUUGCUUCAUGGAGAUGGCUAUUUACAUAAACCUUUUAGUCCAUCACCUCUACCCAAGUCAUCUGUAUGCUGGCCUGGUUCAGUAGUACAAGAUCGGUAUUUGACCCCACAGACUCAAAGAGGUAGCCAUGGGACUCCGACUUUCCACAGAACCCCAUAUUCGAGACCUGUACAUUCUAUGUCCAAGUCUAAGGUUAGAUUCAGAGAGGAUGAAUUGCAUGGUGACCAUGGAUCCAUAGGACCCAUUCGUAGUUCAAGGCAAAAGUUCGUCACUGGAAGUGCCCAAAAAUUUAGUAGUUUUCCUUCUUUAGUUGGUUCUUCCCAGAGAGAAACAAUUAACUUUCGCAUGCCUUCUUUGCCUGCCUUCAACAAGAAUAUGGAGGCUGGAGGAACAAGUAGCAGUUCAAAAUCUCAAUCAUUAGAAAACAAGUCACUGAAUUUUGAGGUAGGUGUCCCAACCGUUCCCACACAUUCUAGUCAGAUGGCUAGAAAGAUACUGGAGCAUCUUGAUAGAAGCCUUCCAAGUCCCAAGGAUAAGGCUGUGGAGUUGAAGGAAGCCUCUUUGAGGAAAAAAUCUGAGUCUUCUGAUGUUGCUCAUUCGAUGUCGAGUAGUGGUAAUUUAUCGUAUCUGUCUGCUUCUGUUAAAUAUGGCAAAGCAGACAAGACUAACCAGAUGAAUGCUGCUCUUCCAAAUGGAGGUACAGGAACUUCAUUUUUUAGAGUUCCAGCAGAAGAGAAUGUUAACAAAACUGCUAAUGCUGCAAAAGGACGCUUUUCCGGUUCUGAUGAAGAUAUUUGCAAUGGUAUCCCGAUUCCUGGAGUUAAUAACACUGCUUCACUAGAUUCUGGUGUGGCUGACAAGUUUGUCUUCAAGAGUACAGAUAAGGAUGUCUCCAAGGAACUUCCAAGUUUUGCUGACUCUCGUGGACACAUGAUACCAAAGAAACCGGCUUCGGGGUCUAAAGCACUUCUUCCAUCUAUUUCCAUCGAUAAGCCUCAAGUACGGGCUACGGUUUCUUCUGAUAACUCCGGGUUUACGUUUCCCAUUUCUGCUUCACGUGGGAUGUUUCCUGAGCCACCAACACCGUCCAUCACGCCUCCAUCUUUUGUCAAUAGUCUGCAUCAGCCACAAGAGGAUUCCGCCAUUCCCUCUUACACAUUUGGUCUGAGGAGCUCUUCACCUGCCCUGGUCUUUUCUUUCCCUUCAACAAGCAAUGCCUCAAUUCCCAGUGAUGCCUCAGAUCUAAAAUUUACGUUCGGAUCUGAUAAGAAGAGGAUUUCUUUUAGUUCAAUAGGAAAUGAUAGCAUUUGCUGUUAAGUGUAGACAUAUAUUUGGGUUACUUUCAUGAAAUUUCUUUAUUAUUCUCCUUUUCAAAGAUAGAGUUUACCCGGUCAUUUGAAUCUAUUUUCUACUUAGUUUGGAGUCAUAGGACUUUGAUUGAACAGGCCACGCGGGUGCAUUUCAGAGCCACGGGAUCGGCCUUGAUGUAUAGUAAAUGUUAGUCUUGUGGGGCAUCGAUGCUCGAUUGAAGCAAAUAUGGCAUUUUCACGGGGAACUGUAGAUAUUAUUAAUCAGACUGUCUGUGGUUUUGAAUAUCAUUCUAAGCAUUCCGAUUUCAGGCA